AUGGCACGAACAAAUAAACCUUCCAUUAUAUUUAUUGACGAAGUUGAUUCUUUGUGUUCAUCAAGAUCCGAUAACGAAUCCGAAUCUGCUCGGAGAAUAAAAACUGAAUUUCUUGUCCAAAUGCAAGGUGUUGGCCAUGACAUGGAAGGAAUUUUGGUUUUAGGAGCAACAAAUAUUCCAUGGGUUUUAGAUGCUGCUAUUCGACGUCGUUUUGAGAAACGCAUUUAUAUUCCUCUUCCUGACACAAAUGCUCGUAAAGACAUGUUUAAAUUACACAUUGGAGAUACACAUACAAGCUUAACUGAAGCAGAUUUUAAGGAAUUGGCAGUAAAAACUGAGGGUUAUUCAGGGCAUGAUAUUUCUAUGGUGGUAAGAGAUGCGUUGAUGCAGCCAGUAAGAAAAGUUCAAGAUGCUACUCAUUUUAAACGGGUUAGUGGACCUUCCCCACUCGAUGCAAAAUUAAUUGUUCAUGAUUUAUUGACUCCUUGUUCGCCUGGCGAUGCUGGCGCUAUUGAAAUGUCAUGGUUGGAUGUGCCGUCUGAUAAAUUAAGCGAGCCAAUUAUUUCUAUGAAUGACAUGAUCAAAUCUUUAAUGAGUACAAAGCCAACAGUUAAUGCAGCAGAUUUGCACAAAUUAGAUGAAUUUAAGAAGGAUUUUGGACAAGAAGGAUGA